CUCUUCUCUCAUUCUCUCUUGACAUCUGAAUCACCCUGUCGACGAUGACCAGCGACCUACCUCAGUCCAGCGAACCAAGUCAAGGUACUGCCUAUAUUGACGCAGGCAGCGGUUCUGACAGGAUACAGUGGUAACACGGCAGACAAGGACACCUGCCAAAGCAACUUAUUCCUAGGUUGGCGUUUGAUUAGAUUCGCCAUCCUUCCCCAGAUCGACCAUGGAUGACCUGAUCCCGACCACAAGCCAGACUGAGCCAGGCGGCCCUGUCAUAGCCCGUGCGACAGUUGCCGACAGCCACAUGAGACCAGUGCUGCCUGAGUCGCUCUUAUCUAAGGAUUCAUCUCACCAGUAUUCGUCCACUCCAAAUACGCCACUAAGUUGCUCCAUACCAUCCAGCGGAGCAGCAAUCAACAAAAACUCUGAGAGCCAUAUUACAUCCGCGGCGCCCACAAAGUCGUCUGGCCAGAAAAGGCGGAAAAAUCUUGAAAAGCCGAGGAGCUCCAUCCAUAAGCCAUUUCGAUCCCCUCUUCGAGCCGGGGACAGUGCGCCUAGUCUGCACAAGAGUAGCGCUAGUACCGACGUUAAACGGACCUCCGCGGUCGCGACUGGUAUCUCUACUUCGAGCGACAUCAACAUGGACCCUCUGCUGCCUGAGCCAGAGCCAGAAGUUGCAUCUCGACAGUAUAAGCAAAUAGAGCGACGGUCUCCAUAUACCUCGAUCGCGUCGGUUUAUAAGAGGCAGGGGCUCGGGAUAAGACGACCCUUUCGACCGCCUAUCGCCCGUGAGGAUCAAGCAGUGCACACAAAUGACAGCGAUUACGGCCGCCUGCUUAAGAUCCAGGCUUUACAAUCCAGAAUCAUGGAAUUACAGUCCUCAAUCCGAAAAGGGCGACAAAUCCUGACACAGCAAGAAAAGGCUGAUACGCCACUGGAGGACCUGAUUGCGAAGUGGCAAAAAGCGAGCCAAGAGGGCGCACAAGUCCUGCUGGAAAAGUAUCUCGAACAGGAGCAGGUAUUUGGUGACAACACGUGGGACGACGGUAACCCUAGAUCGGACGCGUUUGCGAGCAAUUGGGGCUAUUCGGUAACUUCGUCCUUGUCGCGUAGACGACCGAGUCUCGGUGAGCUGAGUCCUGAGCAUCUGCAGGCUGUGGAGGAACGAAUGGAGAGCCAAGAUGUCCAAGAGGAUUUGCCCACGGUUGAGGAGGCGAUUCAAGGAAGGUGUCUGCCAGGGACGGAUACGACAGCUCCAACGCCAAUGACAAAGAUGCAAAGGCUGUUGAUGGGGCUGGGGAUCGACCCCCAGGUCAUUGGCUACAACGCGGAGCAGGACGCAUUCACCACCGAAGAGAUUUCCUACACGAGUUCUUAGGCCCACUACUAUUUGCUUUAUUUCUCCAGCAGUCGAGCUUGACACUCUGUAUUCAUAUAUCAGCUAUAUUACGAACGAUCUUCCUCCUUGUGCUGCCUUGAGACCCUUAAUACACGCGCGCGUGUGACCCUACCCCGACUGGAU